GUUGUCCUGUACGUGACGAGGGCUCACGUCGCUGUGGAGGACGGUAACAAGAACCUCAUCCCCGCAGCCAGACACGUUCCCGGACCUUCAGGAUACACUGGAGAACCAGGCCCGACCCAGUCUGGUCUGGGAGGAGAGUUUUACUGCAGCUGUAAAUUCUCUCUGAAACGUCGAGGCAACAGAAGACCUGAUUACACUGUCCUACAGUCCGUCAAGAUUUAGUGAAUAAAGCAGCAGACAUCAUGGAGCACGACCUGAUGUUCACUAUGGAGGAGGAGGGCAGCGCCACAAGACCCCCUGUCCAACAAAGAACCCCCAACCAGAGGACCUACUCUCUCAGUGACGCCAACGCCAGCGAUGAUGAAGAUGGCGACUACGACAUGCACUUCAUUUGCCCAAUCUUGGAGGAUUCCUCCGUGGAAAUCUGUCACUACCUAAAGAAUCUGGUUUACUCCCGGCAGCUGUCAAACUCCCCUAAGACCACCUUUAUGUUCAAGAAUGAAACAGAAACGCUGGCAGAACCAAGGUCGUACAAGGUUUUGUCUGAGAAAGCACGGGCGAAAUGGAAAAAUGCCAUUGAAAAGGCCAAAGCUAUGCCCGACCCCUGGGCGGAGUUUCAUCUGGAGGAAAAAGUAACAGAACCCUGUAUUCGUUACAGGUACAAUGCCAGCACAGGAGAGUGGGCUCAAGACCAGGUCCACAUUAAGAUGGCUUCCCAGCCGUUUGGGAAAGGGGCCAUGAGGGAGUGCUUCAGAACGAAGAAGUUGUCGAAUUUCUCACACAGCAGCAACUGGAAGUCAGCAUCUAACUAUGUGUCCAAGCAAUACAUGGAGACGGUGGACAGGGAUGUUUACUUUGAGGACGUCAGGCUGCAAAUGGAGGCCAAACUGUGGGGAGAGGAGUACAACCGCCACCGGCCUCCCAAACAGGUGGACAUCAUGCAGAUGUGUGUGAUAGAGAUGGUAGACAGACCCGGUAAACCUCUCUUCCACCUUGAACAUUACAUCGAGGGAAAAUACAUCAAAUACAACUCCAACUCUGGCUUUGUGAGGGACGACAACAUCCGACUCACUCCACAGGCCUUCAGCCACUUCACGUUUGAGCGAUCGGGCCACCAGCUGAUCGUGGUGGACAUCCAGGGAGUGGGAGAUCUCUACACUGACCCUCAGAUCCACACAGAUCAAGGGACGGACUUUGGAGAUGGAAAUCUAGGUGUGCGAGGCAUGGCGCUGUUCUUCCACUCCCACCUGUGUAACAAGAUCUGCAAGAGUAUGGGCCUGACGCCUUUUGAUCUUUCCCCUGCAGAGAAGUCGCAGCUGGACUGCACCAACAAACUGCUUAAGUCAGCCAACACGGUGCUGCGGGGCUGCGAGGAGCCCUGCGGUUCCACUCGUGUUCGCACCUUGUCAGUAGGCCGGGCCCCGCCGCUGUUAUCCCGCUUGUCUGAGACGUCCUCUGCAGACGGGAGCGUGAGCGACACAGACUCAGUGCCCUGCUCCCCUCUCAUACAGCCCUGCUCCCCACUAGCUGCUUAUGGAUCCUUGGGAAAGUCCCCCAUCGGCUCAUAUUUUACUGGAAUGUAUGAACGUGAAAGAAAUAAUAACAACACAGCUGAACAGAAGGAGCCUGAAAGUGGAGGGGACAGCGGCUGUCCCAGCGAGAGGAGGAGUGAUGGUGAUCCAAACGACCACGUAGACGGGGUCCAUCACCGCAUCCAAAGACAUUACUCUGAGUCGGAUGAAGACAGUGUCAGACGGAGGAAGAUGGUAUCUGCUCCAAGAGUCUCUUCAAGCUUAAAUUUUAACAAUGCUGACGACGACUCGAUGACAGAGGAGAAGUGGAGCUUUUACCAUUCGUCCCGCUCUCAUGUCCACCGAUCCUCCUGUGUGGCCACGGAGAUGGAGCGACUAGAGACUCUGAUGCAGAAGAAAAUAGGCCAGUCGAUCCUCGGAAAGGUCCACCUGGGGAUGGUGCGGUACCAUGAAGCGGGUCGAUUCUGUGAAAAGGAUGAGCAGUGGGAUCAGGACUCGGCCAUGAUGCACCUGGAGAGAGCGGCGCAGUGCGGGGAGCUGGAGGCCAUCGUGGCUUUGGGACAGUGCUGUCUGCAGCUGCCUCAUCAUAUCCUGCCGGACAUGCAGCUGGAGGAUAGCGCAGGAAACAGAAUGAAAGGCUUUAAGUAUCUGCUGCUGGCUGCUGAGUCCGGUGACAGGUCUUCUAUGAUCACAGUGGCCAGAGCCUUCGAUUCUGGCAUCAAUCUGUCAGCUGACAGAAAGCAGGACUGGGUGGAAGCCAUUCACUGGUAUGAAAAUGCCUUGAACAUGACAGACUAUGACGAGGGGGGAGAGUUCGAUGGGAUUCAGGACGAGCCUCGCUACCUGCUGCUGGCCAGAGUGGCAGAGAUGUACCAAGAGGGAGGCUGCAACGUCACCCCAGACCCACAGAGAGCAGGUGAUCUGUUUACAGAAGCAGCAGAAGCUGCCAUGGAGGCCAUGAAGGGUCGAUUGGCUAAUCAGUAUUACAUGAAAGCUGAAGAAGCAUGGGCGUUAAUGGAGGAAUAAUUCUGGACACACAUUCUUUAACAAAAAAGGCUACAGGAGUUAAUUUUUCAAAUUCAGAAGGCUUCAACCUGAAUGGCUACAGUUUACAUGUUUUUUAUUACACUAUUUUUUGGAAGAUUGUGUUUCUCUGUGUGUUUGUGUGUGUGAGUGUGUUCAGCCUUUGAGGAUUUCACAUACAGGUUUCUGUUGUUCUUUUCCUGUGAGUUUUCCUGAAUCCUGUUUUCUUCAAUGUACCAUCUCUGAUGCCUAAAUGUAUAUGAUUGUAUGAAAGAGAAGGUCUGGAAUGUCAAAAUAAAGAAACCGGUUUACUCUUUUUGACCCAAAUGUUAUGCAAGAAUGCAUGUAAAAAAUAAAAAAUGAUUAGAGUUUCAAAAGUGAUCAAUAAAGUUAGUAUUUUAUGGGUAAA